UCGCAAAUCUCGCGAGGCUCGGAGCGGCGCGCCGGGAGCCGGGAGCCGGGAGCCGGCGGAGCCGCGAGCUGGGGCGGGAGGGGCACGAUGGCGGCCCAGGCGCUAGCGCUGUUGAGGGAGGUGUCGCGACUGGAAGCACCGCUGGAGGAGUUGCGCGCGCUUCACUCGGUGCUGCAGACCGUGCCGCUCAGCGAGCUCCGCGAGUUAGCGGCCGAACUGCGCCUUGGCCCGCUCUUCUCCCUGCUCAACGAGAACCAUCGGGAACAGAUCACUUUGUGUGUAUCCAUUCUGGAGAGAUUGCUCCAAGCUGUGGAGCCAGUUCACGUGGCCCGGAACCUCGGGGCUGACCUUCAGAGGGGACUGACUCACCCCAAUGAUUCUGUAAAAAUUCUCACUCUAUCCCAGGUCGGAAGAAUUGUUGAAAAUUCUGAUGCUGUUACUGAGAUUCUGAAUAAUGCUGAAUUACUAAAACAGAUUGUUUAUUGUAUUGGUGGAGACAAUCUGUCUGUAGCUAAAGCGGCCAUUAAGUCCCUGUCAAGAAUAUCACUAACCCAAGCUGGACUGGAGGCUUUAUUUGAAAGCAAUCUGCUGGAUGAUUUGAAAAGGGUAAUGAAAACAAAUGACAUUGUUCGAUACAGAGUGUAUGAGUUAAUUGUGGAGAUUUCUUCUCUGUCACCAGAAUCUUUAACCUACUGUACCACCAGUGGAUUGGUAACCCAGCUCCUCAGGGAGUUGACUGGGGAGGAUGUGCUGGUCAGAGCCACCUGUAUAGAAAUGGUGACGUCACUGGCAUAUACUCAUCAUGGACGACAGUACCUUGCUCAGGAAGGAGUAAUUGAUCAGAUUUCUAAUAUAAUUGUUGGGGCAGAGUCAGACCCUUUCUCUAGCUUCUAUUUGCCAGGAUUUGUGAAGUUUUUUGGAAACCUGGCUAUCAUGGAUAGUCCUCAACAAAUCUGUGAGCGUUAUCCUGUCUUUAUGGAAAAAGUCUUUGAAAUGACAGAAAGUCAGGACCCCACCAUGAUUGGUGUAGCAGUGGACACAAUUGGAAUCCUGGGAUCCAAUGUUGAAGGAAAACAAGUUUUACAAAAAACAGGAACUCGCUUUGAACGCUUGCUCAUGAAAAUAGGAUAUCAAGCAAAGAAUGCCUCGACAGAGCUCAAAAUUAGGUGUUUAGAUGCUAUUUCAUCUAUUUUUUAUAUACCGCCUGAGCAGCAGACUGAUGACCUCCUGCGGAUGACAGAAUCCUGGUUUUCUUCUUUAUCUCGGGAUCCUCUGGAGCUCUUCCGUGGUAUCAGUAAUCAACCCUUCCCUGAACUGCACUGCGCUGCCUUAAAAGUGUUCACGGCCAUUGCAAAUCAACCCUGGGCUCAGAAACUUAUGUUUAAUAGUCCAGGGUUUGUGGAAUAUGUGAUGGACCGGUCUGUGGAGCGUGACAAAGCUUCAAAGGAUGCUAAAUAUGAACUGGUGAAAGCACUUGCCAAUUCCAAGACAAUUGCAGAAAUCUUUGGGAACCCAAAUUAUUUGAGGCUCAGAACUUACCUGAGUGAAGGUCCAUACUAUGUGAAACCUAUCUCCACAACAGCCGUGGAAGGAGCUGAAUGAUUUCUUCUAGAGUUGAGACCACUUUUGACCAAAACUUCUCCUAAGGCAUUUGACUUCACCUGUAUUUUACAAAAGAGAGGCUUCCCUUCCCCCAGAAUUAUCAUGGAGUGUCUAAUGUAAUUAUAUCACUACAUCUGUGGUGUUUCUACAUGGAAACACAGUGUGGAACCAGGAAAGCAGGCAAACUUGGUCUUAAUUGCACCGAUGUUUUUCAGAUUCCUUUGACUGCCUUAAUCUUUCCAAGAAGAUGGUGUUUUUGUUCCCCCAGAAAUUUUCAUGGACUUACUCACUGUCUUAUUUAAAAUUCUGCUUCAAAUAGAUUGGAAACAAAUUGUUUCUGAAUUCUCUUUACCACCUUUUUUUUUUUUUUUUUUUCCUUUUAGGUCCUUUUCGCCUUUCUGAUUCCACUUUCAAAGUCUUGGGUAUAAAUAUUCUUUGAAGAACAAUAUGGAAUCUUGAAAUUAUGUUCUCCAUACUAAGAAUAAGUACUUUUAAUAAGGUGUCUUUGGGUUUUUUGUUACCAUUAUAUUCCUUUGGAAAAUGGACAAUAAAUCUUUUAAA